CACCAGGCUGCCUCUCACUCCCUUCCUGCUGCAUCACAACAGCCGUUAGUAGCUCGAGUAGCACUGGUGACCGGGGGGACGGGAUAUCCACCGCUAAUUCAUUGAUAAAAUACCUCUACUGACGUUGCAGCACUCAACAACAUCCUAACACGGGGGUAACCGACAGGAACUGGUUGCAGUGCGAUCACCCCGCUCCAGCUGUUGGGAUAUGGCCAGGCCGGAACAGGUUCUGCUCUUGGAGCCUCAACACGAACUGAAAUUCCGAGGUCCAUUCUCAGACGUGGUCACCACAAAUCUCAAGCUCUCCAACCCUACAGACAGGAAUGUGUGUUUUAAGGUGAAGACGACAGCACCGCGCCGGUACUGUGUGCGGCCAAACAGUGGAAUCAUUGAUGCAGGCACCUCAAUCAACGUCUCAGUCAUGCUGCAGCCUUUUGACUACGACCCCAAUGAGAAGAGCAAACACAAGUUCAUGGUCCAGUCCAUGCUAGCACCUCCUGACAUGACCGACAUGGAGGGAGUGUGGAAGGAGGCUAAGCCAGAAGAGCUGAUGGACUCCAAGCUGAGGUGUGUUUUUGAGAUGCCAGUGGAGAACGAAAAAGCGCACGACAUGGAGUCCAACAAGAUGAUCUCGUCCAGCUUGCUGAAGUCAGACUCCUCUGCGCUGCCCGGGAAGUCACUGAGCUCCACCCUCGAUGACGGUGUGGUAAAGGAGAUCAUGGAGGAGUGUAAGCGACUGCAGAUGGAGGCUCAGAGGCUACGGGAAGAAAACAAACAGAUCAGAGAGGAUGAUGGUCUGCGGAUGAGGAAGAGCAACGUCAUGUCAUCUCAGCACGCCUCGGUCGGCAUGAAGAAAGAGGAAGGGUUGAGCGCCCGCACGAUGGCCCUCAUCAUGCUCUUCUUUGUGGUGGGCGUCAUUGUGGGCAAGCUGGUGUUGUAGAGCGCAGCGCAGCGUGGUCGGCCGCAGCAUGCUUUCCGGGGACGAAAACAAACACGGGAUCUGGGAUUUUGGAUCAGAAAUGCCAUAUCUGCUGGGUGGGGGGAGAUUUGAUUCAGUCUCAUUUAUGUAAAAAAAAUUCCAAAGGUAAUGUAUGAGGAAAAAAAAGAUGAAAAAUCGACUCGUCAUCCUAUGAACAAACCUACUGUUACAGGUCUUGCCUCUACGUAAUCAUCACAUAAUCAUUCUGGCCCUCUUCCCAAAGUUUCACGUAUACAGAUGACUGGUUCUGUGGGUGGGGGCGAUGGAAACAUGAUUUAAACGCUAGUGAUUCACACCAAUGAGUUUUCUAACAGCGGCGAGGUAGUGUUGGCGCGACUGAGUCAGUUUGCAAUUGUGCGAAUGUCAUUUUAGUGUAUUGCUGUUUCUUUUUCUAAAACUACAGAGGCCAGAGCAAAUGUAUAUGAGUAAGUAAUCGCCCCACUGUACAGUAUUUCCAGGUGUUCCGGCGAAUCCCCUUUAAAGACGGGGUUUAGCAGAGAGACGAUCCACACAGUCGGGGUUACACACAGGGCUAUCACACGGUCUCCUUCAAUCAGAGGCUUUGUAAAGUCGGCUUGCAGAACAACCUCGAUCAGUGGGCGAAACGCUGUACCAUAGGUGUUUCCUUUCUUUGUGCCCUCUUUAUUUUCACUCGUCACUCACUGCUCACCGCGUCCCCGGCUGUCAGAGGGGGAUGUUUGAUUGCAUGCGUUCACACAGAGUGUUGCAUCUGGACUGUUGAAUCUAAUUUAAUUGCUUUUAUAAUGGUGAUAAUAUUAUGUCAUUUGGCUGUAGGUUUGCACAACUACUUUUCUGAUUUUUUUUUUGGUUUUUCCUCUUUUGUGUUUUGUUGCAUUUUUAUGAUUUGAUUUUAAGUUUUUUUCUGUCGUUAGGGUUUGAAGCAUUUAAGAAUAUUGCUGCUACCUGAAAUGAGGAUGAGAUCAGUUGUGUAAAUCCAGAUGAAAGCCUUGCCUUGUGACCUGUUGGGGCAAGUUAUUCUCAGGCCAAGAGGAAGGUAUAUAUACAUAUGUGUAUAUAUGAACAUGAACACGCGCACAUACACACUUAAGCAUGCACACAUUUAGUUAGAAACCUCAAAUGGAAAGAAGGUGCAUGCAGAGCGAACGGUUAUGUUUCCCUGACAUCAGCAACACUAAGUUCCUGUUACAGUGUCCUAACAAAUGAGCUUUGGUCUUUUCCGGCUCUUUCUGUUUUCUUCAUUUUCCUGCUGAGCCAUACAUUUGUUGACGUUCAGUUUUGUUUGGGGCAAAUGUAUGCUAGACAUCAGCCCAGUGGUUGGAGCUGCCUGCACCAGUUCUCCACUGCUGGCGAGCUUUUGUCGUCUUUCUCACACCACUGCAGGCCUGUGUUCGGGGUUUUUUUUGUGUUUGGUAAGCAUUUAUCUGUUGCUCAUUAAUGUUGUAUCCUCACUGCAUUUGAAGUUGUGUUCAUUUUUAAUGCACUAAGGUUAAGAGUGUCUCUCCUUUGAUCCUUCUGCGGCAUACAGUUUGGGUUUUUUUUCUAAACAUCAAAUGGGGGAAAGGCACACGGCCUAACUACAGCCUUUGAGGGGACCACAUGACAUUGUACUGUUUCCAGAACCGUCAAAAAUAAACAAAAAAACUAUUCUGCGGUUGUUUCAAUCUUCAGAUUUGCAUAUUGAGGGAUGAAAAGCAGCAGAGUGUCAUUUUACUUUGCAUUAAUUGAGUGAAAACGAGCGGUUGGUUGUGUUUUAUCCCACCGUGUCCACAUGAAACGAGUAAACAGUGUGUUCCCCUUUGCGAAACUGAAAGAAAAAUGACAAACAUCCACCGUCUUUUCAUGUUGAGUGGAGAGAUUAAAGUGAAAGUGAGCGUGUGUUUCUACUGUAUCUCUGAAGUUGUUGGGUUGAGGAUGACUUGCUGCUGAGAGGGAGGGCAGAGCAGACCUGCGCUACAGCCCCAUCUGGGCUUACCAGACCUGGGUCACAUUGUACUUGCAGAAGAUUGUUCUUGUUUAAUGUAUCCUGGUUGGAGUAUCAGAACAUUUUACACAAGGAAAAUAUUAAUUUAUGUCACUGAAAAUGCAACUUUUCCCAUUGCCCCCGAUGCAGUAAAGCUCCACUGAUUCGGUUCUCCAAGUAGGAUUAAUCAAACAAAAAUGAUGACGUGUAAAAGCUGAUCGAUCCAGGCCUGGUUGUAAAACACACUACACCGGCCUGUCCUGGAGUCUCUGACCAUCACCGUGAUCAAUGUAAGCAGUCAAGAAACUGUUUUGUAUGUAUAUAAAUAAAUAAAUAAGUCUAUCUGAGAAGAAGAUUAAUAUUCCUAGUCAAGUAGUCUCUCUGGUGUAUAAAAACAACCCAACCUGGUUGGACUAUGUAGCAUCUUAAUAAAUUAAAUGAAUAAACCCCCUA